GCCAAAAACACGUUUGCCCGAGUGCAACGACGGCUGAUUCACAUCUUGAGCCAAGAAGCUGAAAGAUCGUUGCGGAUGCUCGCCACCAAUGUGAUGCCGCCCCUCUCUGCAGAGCACAAAUUCCACCCGGCGACGAAGGACGGAAGACGAUUGAAGCUGGAAUGCAAGCCAAAAUCGGAGAUGGCCAUCGCCCGCUUCCUAUCACGCGGCGGUGGCUUCUGCAGCAGCCAGGCAGAUGCAAGCUUGAAGGAGGUGGGGCUCGAGUCGCUCUGCCCCACGCAUUACAAUAGGACGACGGCUGACUUCGUGCACCGCUAUCUCUGCAAGACCCAAACCAAGGUGGAGCAGGUUCUCAGCGGCCUGAAGAACAAGUCCAUUGCAUUGAUAUGCGAUGCCAGCCCCAAAGCGAAGCACGACGAGUCUAGUCGGCAGAUUGAAGUGACGUUGUGGCUUGCACUUGCCUUGAGUCAAACCUACUUGCAAGGAUUGCGAGCUGAGGUGUGGCUGCCUGUAUUUGCCCUACCGGACCAUCUGUCGGUUGGCACGCUGCAGAGAUUGAGCACCCUGCUCCCGAGCACAGCCUCCGCAGGCGAUAAACUGGCCGUGGCCGGCAUGGUCGCCGACUCCCACACCAAAGCCGUCCUUGGUGAGCUGACACAACCCCAGGAAAAGAAAAAGUUGCCGAAAGCACUGAAUGCUUUGAAAGAGGACAGAUUAUCGGCGAAACAAGAGCUCAAGGCUGUGGCUAAUGUGCUGAGCCACAUUGGCCUCUCCCUGGACCAGCUGUGGCCGAGCUCCCCGUGUAAUGCAGUCGACCCCGACACCGAAGAGAGACGACUUCACACGGUGGGCGAUGAGGUCAUGGGCUAUGUCGUGAACAGAGAGACAGGCAUCAGCCGAUGGGACACGCAUAUGCCGGAUGAAGCCCUCCGCUUGAUUUUUUGUCCGGACCAAGGAGGACCCCUCUUUGCAGCAUUUCAGUUCCUAGCUUUCAACAACGCGAAAGUAGGGUUCAUCAGGGACGAAUUGUAG